CUGACCGACCUCCAGUGGGGAUCGGAUCGGACCCAACGAUGCUCUGAAAUACCACCCUCUGUGACCUAGAGCGGCCUCCGUGCCGUAGCGUAGCGCCACCGCGGACGCCUCAACCGCAGCCCCCAAACUCAGCUGCCGCGUCGCCGCCCAUCGCCGUUCCGUUCUGCCGUCGCGCCGCUGCUGUCUCUACACCGGCCGCCAUCUUUGCCAUCGGUAAGCCUUUGCCGUUCCGGGAAUUCAGUUUUACUGUGCUGGUGCACCCUCUCGCCCUCACAAACACCCAAACCCAUGCUCUGAUCUAUCCCCGAAAUCAUAGGCACUGUACUAAAAUGUAACAAAAAUGACCUUUCGUUUUAUAGUUUUGCUAGAAGUAGAGCUGGUUUAUUUGUCAAGGAAAUGUUUACAACUUCCCCUAGGAAAAAAAACACAACUUUAUGGAAUGACUGUUCUAUCUGGUUACGAGGGAUAGUAGAAACUAGAAAUGGUAUUGAAUACAACAACACUCUGUUCUGCAGUUCACAUUCCAUGUUUGUUUCCUCGAUCUGUUCAUACUUAACCUGGUAUAAUUUGUGUGCACAAGCAAAAUGGGCAGCGAUCUAACACACACGAGAAAAAGACCGAGGCACUACUACCACGGGCAAGUCAUUAAGAAAACGAGAGCAAAGGUUCAGUUUGCAGACCUUCCUGAUGAUCUGCUGUCUAUGAUUCUAUCAAAAUUGCCACUGAAGGAAGCUGCAAGAACCGUUAUUCUGUCAAGUAAAUGGAACGACGUGUGGAGAGUUUGCCCCAAACUGAGAUUUGAUGGCUUCACAGUGUGCAGUGACAUCGUGUUUGGGGGAGAACAGUACACUCAGAAAUUCAUUGACAAUGUUAAUGCAGUCAUGCAGAAGCAUCAGUGCAUGGUCGUUGAAGAGCUCGUGAUCAAAUUUGGGUUUGACCACAGGGUACUAGAUCAUAUCAAUACCUGGGUUGCUUUUGCUAUAUCAUCGCGGACAAAGAGCCUUGCCCUUGAUUUAGGACCAGUCGACAUCCAAGGUCGUAUUGAUCAGUACAGAUUUCCGGUCGAGCCUUUAGACAACAGAAGCAUAUCCCGGCUUCGUCAUCUUCAACUUAGCGUUGCAUCAUUUGAACUACCCCCUCAAUUCAGCGGUUUCCCGAAUCUGAGAGCACAUGACUUGCACUUGGUAAAUGUCACUCGGAAGGAUCUUCAAGACAUGCUGUCAAAUUGCAUUAAUCUUGAGUGGUUCAGUAUGGUUAGAUGCCAUUUGAAUGAUGAACUGAUAGUAGCUCGUCCAUUGUCAAACCUGAUAUACCUGCGUGUUGCACACUUCAAGAUAACCAAGAUAGUACUCCAUGCGGUGGAACUCAAAACUUUCUUAUUCUAUGGACGUCUGUAUCCAAUCGACCUUGGGCAUACUCCCAAACUGAAGCACACAUUUCUUGAUAUCUAUUCCCUGUUAACUGUUGAGCAUGCUUUGACUGUGCUUCCCAAAGUGCUUCCAAGUGUUCAAGAUCUGACAUUGCAUGCUCAUUUUACUCUUAAGAUGCCUUUGUUGAUGGAAAUCCAUGCAAGUUUUCCCAGUUGAAAUAUUUACAUUUGAAGCUGUCAAUUGGUCAUAAAGAAGCUGCCAACAUUCUAUCUUUUGCCUCUUUUCUGAGGGCUGCUCCUUCUGUUGAAAAGUUAGAAAUGCAUUUUAGUGUUUUGGCCUUCCCACAUCGUGUCUCGGAGCCUAUCAAGAGCCUUCCACGGUGUCCACAUAGUUAUCUGAAGAACCUACAUAUUACAGGAUUUUCGGGAACAACAGGACAACUUGAAUUUCUAGUGCACGUUGUUGAAAAUGCCCCUGCUCUGAAGAUACUGACGAUUAAAGGAGCUGACUCGAUUGGUCGUGAUCUCAAUCAUGAAGGGAAAAGAAAAUUUUCUUUGAAGUUCCGCGAAUUGGAGAGGAAAUACCUUCAUGGGAUAAUUUCACCAAAUGUGGACCUCCGUAUUAUUUAAGUGGGCCAGACAUCUAGCUGCUCUUGUACACGCAGCGGGCUGCAAUUCCAUUUGUACACGCAGCGGGCUGCUGUUCCAUUUGCCCAAUCGGUGUACAACUGGAUGCUGGAGGAGCGCCGACCGGUCUGCCUGACACCUGCAGUGUCGUGGGUCCGCGAUGCGGUUUACCUCAGCACCUCUAUGCUCCUCGUUGGCGGCUUGGGCAUGGCUGCUUUCUCCGCGCUUAGGGCAUGUCCAACAGUUUGUAUGUUAGCUUGUUGGUAAAAUAUACCAUGUCAUCAACCAACACCUUAACAUACAACAUCUUCAAUGGGUUGUAUCUAGUAUGCCCAAUAGGAUGUGAGAUAAUAAAUAAGGUGCUCUCUGAUUCUA